AUGGGCUUUGGAAGACCGUUGCAAGCCGGCUUUGUGCAUCGUCUGUUCCACGCCGGCCUUGGCCUCCUCACCGUCUUCGGCCUCCUCGUCGGCGGCACGCGUGCCCACUCGCAGGAGCGCAACGCCCUGCGCAGCCUCUUCCGGGUCGACGAGGCAGUGCUGCACACGGCCACACACCGCGUCCAUGCCCUGUCACACUUCCAGAUCUCGCUGACGCUGCACCAGCUGGACUCGGACCAGCGGCUGCCCGUGCGACUGCGACUGCGACCCGAUAGCGACACCAUUGCCGAAGGCGCAGCCAUCCACCAUCACAAUGCCGACGGCUCGGUCACGGUGGAGCCCAUCCGGCGGCUGGAUCACCGGUUGUUCCAGGGCGACGUUUUCGUGCCGAGUCAAGGGGUGGCUGCUGCGACGAAUCACUGGACCAACGCCGGAUGGGCCAGUAUAUAUGUGCACGUAGACGGGGUGCAUCCGGUGUUUGAGGGCGCGUUCCGCGUGUUUGGCGACCACCACCACAUUCAGACGAGCGCCAAUUACCUGGACACACGGAUUUGGGGUGACCCGCUGAUCCCGACCGGCGCAGACGCAGGCGCAGACGCUGGAGAUUAUAUGGUGGUAUGGCGCGACUCUGACAUCAUGGCGCCGGGCGCCGAGACACAGGCAGCAGGAGAUGAGUUGCGACGGCGGCUGCGGCGACAGCACUCAGCAAAUGGUAUUGUGGAAGAGCUGCCACAGCCGGCCUGCUCGUCGGACGAGCUCUUGUUCAAUAUGGACGAGAUGCAUCCUGUGCACCGUGGCGGGUCGAAGGUGGAGGUGCCGUCGUCGGCAUCUGCUUCGUCAGACGUGCGGUCGUGGCUGUUUGGGCGACAAAUCGACGGGACGGGAAGCACAGGCGGCAACUCAGCGGGCGUGAACCUGACGUCGACGAUCGGCAGCUCGUCUGGCUGUCCGACGACGCGCAAGGUGGCACUGAUGGGGAUCGCAGCCGACUGCACAUACAUGCAGGCGUUCCCGAGCAGGGACAAUGCGACAGCCCACAUCGUGCAGCAGAUCAGCUCGGCGUCCAAGGUGUACGAGAGCACGUUCAAUGUGUCGCUGGCCAUCAAGAGCCUGGUGCUGCAGAGCGACACGUGCCCGAGCUCGCCGUCGUCGUCGGUGACGCCGUGGAACGCAGGCUGCAGUAGCAAUCUGACCAUCAGCGACCGGCUCAACCUCUUCUCGCAGUGGCGUGGCACGAACAACGACACCAAUGCGUUCUGGAUGCUGCUGAGCACGUGUGCCACUGACUCGGCCGUCGGGCUGGCUUGGCUGGGCCAGCUGUGCGUGCUGGGGGCCGAGACAAGCGCGAGUUCAGACGGUAGCGGCAACGAGACCGUGGCGGCGACCAACGUGGUGGUGCGGACGUCGACGGAGUGGCAGGUGAUGGCCCAUGAGACCGGUCACACGUUCGGGGCGGUGCACGACUGCACGAGUUCGACGUGUGCCGACGGCACGGCGACGAAGCAGCUGUGCUGCCCGCUAAGUGCGUCGACCUGCGAUGCUGCCGCCGGCUAUAUCAUGAAUCCCAGCACCGGCAGCGGCAUCACGCAGUUCUCGCCCUGCACCAAGGGCAACGUGUGCGCGGCGCUGGGCCGCAACAGCGUCAACGGGACGUGUCUGAGCGACAACCGCGGCGUUGUGUCCGUCACGGGGAGCGUGUGUGGAAACGGCAUCGUCGAGGAGGGCGAAGACUGUGACUGUGGCGGAACCUCCGGCUGUGGCAGCGAUAGUGCAUGCUGCAACCCGGAAACUUGCCACUUUGCCACCGGCGCUCUAUGCGAUCCGGCCAACGACGAGUGCUGCACGUCCGCCUGCCAGAUGGCCAGUGCCGGCGUUCAAUUCCAGCUCCAGCUCCGGCUCGCUGGCCUGUGCUCCGCCGGCCAGUGCACGUCGCGCGACCUGCAGUGCCAGACGCUGAUGGGGUCGCUGGCCAGCAGCGGCAAUGACACGUACGCCUGCAGCGACCAGGGCUGCACGCUGAGCUGUGCUUCGCCGGCCUUCGGUUCCAAUACCUGUUUUGAGAUGAUGCAGAACUUCCUCGAUGGCACGUCCUGCGAGGGCGGCGGCCGGUGCAGCAACGGUGUCUGCAAGGGCUCGUCCGUCACAAAAGAGAUCGCUUCCACCUUGCGCCACAACCUCACCAUUGUCAUUCCUGUCGCCUGUGUCGUCGGCGUCCUCAUCUUGGCUGCCCUGUUGAGCUGCAUCUGCUCCUUCUGCCGUCGUCGCCGCAACCGCCGUCUCCGUCGCCGUAUGCGCAACGGCUUGCCGCCUUCCUCGGCUGCCGCCAUGCCCAUGACCGCUGCCGCCACUUGGGGUCGAAAUCAGCACGGCAACCGAGCUCAACCGCCAAAGCCUGGAAAUAUGGCCAUGGCAAUGCCUCCAGCUCAGUGGCAGCAGCAACAGCAACAGUCUGGUCCCUCGCGAUGGAGCCUUUGGGGCGGCAACAGCAACCGCAACGACAGGUCUUUUCCACAAGCCGACCCCGUUGCUGGCACUUAUGCUGCCGGCACCCAGAUGCCGCCACCGCCGCCUUACUCGCAGCAGCAGUCACAGUGGGGGCCGCCACCCCAGGGCCCAGGUAUGCGAUUUGGAUGA